AUGGAAACCCUUCGAUCUUCACUCAAAGAUGCUGAGGACAAGGCUUAUAAUGAGGGUUUGAGAAGGCGGAGAGUGUUAUGGCGGAGCAAAUCCCAGAAUCUUCCCCCGACCGAGGUCCCUGUGGCCAACACCCCUGUCGUCGUUUCUUUUACUGUUCUUAUUGAUGAUUCAACUGUUGAUCCUAUUGAUCCAUCUGAUGUGCUUUAA